UUAGGCAUCUUAUGGCAAACUCAUCAAACCAAACCUUGCACCAGGAGUGGAAAUGACUGGUAACCUUUUGCUUAAACUUUCUGGUCAAGGAUCAGUCUACAUUCGUUCCUAUGAGUGUCUGGAUGAAGAUAGUGAUUAUGAGAGUGCUCUGGUGGAUUCACAGAAGGCUGAUAAGUCUAGUCCUACUCAUGGUGAGACUUUAGACAUCAUUGAGCAACAAACAGUCAUAGUUGACGAUGAUGCUCACCAGCAGAUUUCUGAGGUUGGCAGUCAGUCAAAUCUGUCAACUAAUUUAUCUGUUGAUGUUGCUUAUGACAUUACCAUCUCUGAUGAAAUGGAUGCCAUUGUAAAUCCUGAGCAUGGCAACGACUCCUUACCUCUUGAAACACAAGAUCGACAACCAUUCCAGAAUGUUGAAUAUUCUGAUAUUCAGGGACCUUUAGAAAUUCAAGACCUACCAAGUAAACUACCAGUCAGAGAAGUUCUAAUUCACAGAAGCCAUGUUCUUAAGGAUAUCAUAGAUGAAUUCAAGGAUCCUGCUAUUGUUGGCUGCACAUUAAGUAUUGCCAUUGUAGAUGAAAGGGGUAAUAUUGAAGAUGGUAGAGGUUCUGGGGUUACACGUGAGGUUGUUAGCCUGUUUUGGCAACAGUUUUUCCCUGCAUUAACAAUGGGUGCAAUAUAUUCUCUAAAAGUUGAAUGCAUGACAAAUAAAGAAAUGUUCCAUCACUUUCAUCAUUUGCUGAUUCAUUGA